GUCCCACUUCAAGCAAUUCCAUGCGACUUCAGUUCCUAUUAUCCAUGCAAUUCGGUCAGAAUGGUGAAAAUCUCAAAAGCACACCUUCAAUUGCCGAAAGCCUAUUUCUAUAGCUGCAGCCACACCAAAACAUAGUCGGGACAAAUGAAAGCCACGAUUCAUCUACCUACUUUAGCACCGGAGAAUCCCAUUGCUAAAAUUUUGAAGAUGCACAACAUACAGCCCGCUGCCACCGUUGACAGAAAUUUCCGCCCAAGACUUCGCCGUAACGAACGAUUCAUUCCGUUGUUCUAACAAAGUCUGGACUCGUCCAUGUGGACCUCAUCCUCAGAGCGGUGGUACCUGCAUCGGCUGCAUCCGCAUUUCCAUCUCCUAGUCAAACAUUGGGAUGGCGGAGUGGGUCUCCAAGCCUCGCCACAAGGAGUUACGAUUCAUGCGCGAUAAAGGAUUCUAUCCACAUCCACGUUUCUAGUCUCGGGACAAGCCAGGUUGAGAAGCUUCCUAUCGAUACGCUUGUCCGUAAGCUUGGUUCUCAGCUGCAAUGAUGCAAAAUCGGUUUUCUAGUUCCGAACGUACCAAAAUACUUGUACCCACCGGCCCCCUAUCGAACCGGUCUGAUGUUGUUGAUCUCUCGAGGUUGAGCUUCGGGAAAGUAUAUAGUUGUGUUCACGACUCGAGACCUCUCCAUUCUCGAUUCCGGAUCUCCAUAGCGCUGAUACAUGGCCCCUCAAUCGUUGUCGAUCUGAGAUCCAAGGUUGACUGCUUCCAAGGAGUGAUCUUCUUCACAUACUUUCUCUGGGGGAUCGGUGCCGCCAGACGAGAAUGGGGUAUACCAAUGAGGGCAAUGGCCCAGCCUUGUUGACCGCAUGUAUUGUUGCCAUCGUUUUGACGUGGGUAUUCUUCGGGGUACGGAUUUACACGAGGCUUUUUAUGACCAAGAUAUGGAAAAUCGAGGAUUGGUGUUUUGUUGCGACUCAGGCGUCAUUUACGAUCUAUGUGAUUGUUGCAUUGCAAUCAACCCUCCAUGGAAAUGGACAGAGAAACAAAGACAUCGCGCAGGGCGACAUUCCCAUCGCUAUGCAAUACUUUUUUGCUGGUGAACUUCUCUACAUCAUCACAUCCUUUUUUAUGCGCCUGUCCAUCGGCAUCUUCAUCCUACGAAUCAUGACACAGAAAAGCUAUAUAUGGAUCAUCCGUGCAACGCUCAUUCUUAUCACACUCGCAACCGUGAUGAACUUCUUCUACACCAUUUUCCAAUGCGCGCCGAUCAAGUACUUUUGGCUGCAGUUCUCGGGGCUCAAGGGGAAGUGUCUACCGGCACCACAGGUUCAGGCUUUGAGUAUUGCCUUCUCGGCUGUUUCCGCCGCGGCGGACAUUAUCUUCGGAGUUUUGCCGAUCUUUGUGUUGUGGAAUCUGCAGAUGAACAGGAAGGCGAAGAUCAUAGUGGGCGCACUGCUUUGCGUGGGUAUCGUUGCUGGACUUACCGUCAUCGUCCGUAUAAAAUACAUCGUUGAUGUUUCUCUCACCGAGGACUUCAUGUUCGCAACUGCAAACGUAUCCCUGUGGGCGAUGAUCGAGCCCGCCAUAGCAAUCUGCUGCAUGUCCGCCUCCACCUGGCGACCGCUCUUCCGCUCCCUCCGCGAGAAAACCACCGUCCCAUCAGGAGGCGGCUAUUUCCACGCGAGCAGCAACAACCACACCCACAGAGACACCAAACUAACGAGCAAUUUCUUCUCGAGAUCUACGAAAUCAGGCCAGAACAACACGUUCCCCUUGAGUCGGAGUCACAAUGGAUAUAUGCGGAGUAUUGACGACAACGAUAAGGAGACCGGCAGUUAUGAUGACUCGAUUGCGUUGAGGAGCUUGGAGCAUGGGAAUGGGAUGAGUGUUGUGAGUGGUGGUGGGGGAGAUGGAGAUACGUUUCACCAUGGAAACGAGGAUGGGGGACCGAAGGGAAUAUUGACGAGUACGACUGUGGAGAUAACGAGGCAGUACCGAGGAGGGGAGAGGAGAGGGGAUGAUAGUGUAUGAAUAAGGGAGGGUUUGGAAAGGGGCUAUGACUGCUAUGUAUAAUGAUUUUCGGUAUAUAUGAUUCCUGUAUGCUGUGUAUUUACAGUUAGGAGAAAUCGGACAGGACGAAAUGCGAGUGCUUGUCUAUUUAGAUUUCUGGUUUUGACUUCAAGUUAUAGAUCAGUUGAUAUCUCCCAAACAUCGUUGAACAGAUACGCUCGUUUUGUUAGUUGUCUUGCUGUAUUAUCCGUUCCAUUCU